AUGCGCCGCUGCUGCCCGGCUCUCUGCAGCAGCCCCGGCAGCCGCCUCGGCAGCGCUCGCCCCGCCGCGGCCGCCGCCGCCGCCCGCCCGCCGCCCGCCGCCGUGUCCCGCCCGCCGCUGCUGGUGCUGCUGCUGCUGCAGCGCCGCCCCGCGCCGCCCGCCCCCGCGCCUCCGCCGCACAAGAUGGCGGCCGGUGGGAGCGGCGGCGGCCCCGGGGGCCUCUCCUCCUCCUGCCCGCAGCCGCCGCCGCCUCCGCCGGGCAACGGCGCGGCCGCCGCCACCGCCUGCACUAACGGCGCUCCCCCGUCGCCUCCCGGCCUCACCUACAACCAGUGCGGCGCUGCCAACCCGGCGGCGAGCGGCGGCGGCGCGGGGGGCCCGGCGGCGGCGGCGGCUCUGCGGGGGGCGGCGGCGGCCGGGGGGGCGGGCGGCCCCGGCGGGGCGCUGCAGCGGGAGCCGGUGUACAACUGGCAGGCGACGAAGCCGACGGUGCAGGAGCGCUUCGCCUUCCUCUUCAACAACGAAGUGCUCAGCGACGUCCACUUCCUGGUGGGGAAGGGCCGCGGCUCGCAGCGCAUCCCGGCGCACAGGUUCGUGCUGGCCGUGGGCAGCGCAGUCUUCGAUGCGAUGUUCAAUGGGGGCAUGGCCACAACCUCCACGGAGAUUGAGCUGCCUGACGUGGAGCCUGCUGCCUUCCUCGCCCUGCUCAAGUUCCUCUACUCGGACGAGGUCCAGAUCGGCCCCGAGACUGUCAUGACCACUCUGUACACGGCCAAGAAGUAUGCAGUGCCUGCCCUGGAGGCUCACUGCGUGGAGUUCCUCAAGAAGAACCUCCGGGCAGACAAUGCCUUCAUGCUGCUGACUCAGGCGAGGCUCUUCGACGAGCCCCAGCUGGCCAGCCUCUGCCUGGAGAACAUCGACAAGAACACCUCAGAUGCCAUCAACGCUGAGGGCUUCACAGACAUCGAUCUGGACACCCUGGUGGCAGUGCUGGAGAGGGACACGCUGGGGAUCCGGGAGGUUCGCCUGUUCAAUGCUGUGGUUCGCUGGUCGGAGGCUGAGUGUCAGCGGCAGCAGCUCCAGGUGGUGCCAGAGAACAAGAGGAAGGUCCUGGGCAAGGCCUUGUCCCUUAUCCGCUUCCCCCUGAUGACGAUUGAGGAGUUUGCAGCAGGGCCGGCGCAGUCGGGCAUCCUGACGGACCGGGAGGUGGUCAGCCUGUUCCUGCACUUCACUGUCAACCCCAAGCCGCGGGUGGAGUUCAUCGACCGACCGCGGUGCUGCCUGCGGGGCAAGGAGUGCAGCAUCAGCCGCUUCCAGCAGGUGGAGAGCCGCUGGGGGUACAGUGGCACAAGUGACAGGAUCAGGUUCUCUGUCAACAAGAGGAUCUUCGUGGUUGGCUUUGGGCUGUAUGGAUCCAUCCACGGCCCCACGGAUUACCAAGUGAACAUCCAGAUCAUCCACACGGACAGCAACACGGUGCUGGGGCAGAACGAUACCGGCUUCAGCUGCGACGGCUCUGCCAGCACCUUCCGCGUCAUGUUCAAGGAGCCUGUGGAGAUCCUCCCCAACGUCAACUACACAGCCUGUGCCACCCUGAAGGGCCCAGAUUCGCACUACGGAACCAAAGGGCUGCGCAAGGUCAUCCACGAGUCGCCGACCACGGGGGCCAAGACCUGCUUCACCUUCUGCUACGCUGCUGGCAACAACAACGGCACCUCGGUGGAGGAUGGACAGAUCCCAGAGGUUAUCUUCUACACAUAGUGCAGCUGCAGCUGCCCCUGGGCUCUCCUCCCCCUCACUCCCGAACGAACCUCCUGGCCGAGGCUGGCCGCAGCGAGCGGAGCCGAAGGGUCCUCACUUCAAACCAUUUCCAAGCUCAUCUUGCCUCGUGCUGGUGAUCCUGCUGCUGUUCCCUGCCAGAGCAAGGUGGUGCCAGGGCACCUGGUACCCCAGUGCCAUUCGUAGGUUGUCUGUGGCUGUGGUCUUUCGCCCCCGCCUCGUCCCCCCCAGCCGCGCUCCCUGGACUGCAGUGAACGUGGAAGCUUUCUCAGCAGGCAGCAGCGGGGAGGGGCCGAGUGGCUCCGGCUGUGGUUCUGCCUGCUGGGGGGAGAUGAUCCUGCAAAGGGACUCGAGCCCAGGGCGCUGUGGUCCAGCCGAGGCAGUGCCAGUGGGCACCGUGCCCAGCCCCUUCCCUGCUGCCAGCCACGGCUCCCGUGGCUGCCUUCAAACACUGGUGGCAAAUGGCCUUGGCCCCAGGGCUGCACCGUGCCAGUCCUGCCGGGCCUGAGGGACAGCUCACACCUGGAGCACCGCUGGAGAGACUGCAGCCUCCUUGUGCCCUCCUCACCAGUCUGUGACAAUCCUGCACCUCGGGCGGUUGGGGACGCUGCAGUGACCUCCCCGGCGGCGCCUGGCUGGGCAGGCUCUGCCCUGCCCCCCGUGCUGGGGCCUCUGGUGCUGCUGCCUCAGCCUCUGGCAUGUUCCAGGCGCUGGAAGGUGUUGGAAAGGCUCCGUGCAGUGCCCAGCAGCAGGUACCCAUGCAGUGCCCAGGAGCAGGUACCUGCACUGAUGGUUCCUGUGCCCAUCAGUGCCCAGGGUGCGCCCCAGCUGGAGCAAGCAGGGGCCCGGCCCGGCCCCUCCCUGCUGCUCUUCUCUCGCCGUUCCAAUGCAUUUCUCUCUCGCGGUGCUGCCCAGCCCCAGCCUGCCGCGGCGCAGGGAGAGGCUGAGCUGCAGCUGCCUGGCAGCAGCUGGCGCAGGAGGCUUCGUGCCACAGCUCAGGAAGGCUUCUGCUCGCUGUGGGCCUGCAGGAGGAGAAUUUGCAGACACCACCUGCCCUCGGCACCUUGAGGACCGCUCUCACCUGGCACCUGCUCCCUGCCAGCAGCUCCAGCGGAGCAGGAGGAUGUGGGUGGCUCCUCGUGGCUGCCCCCCCAGCCCCAGGGUUGCUGCCUGCUGCUUCCUUCUGCUCCUCCACCGAGGAGGCUGUAAUCAGCUCUGCAGGGCAGCGUGGUCAGUGCCCUGCAGCCCUCAAGACUCGCUGCAGGGUUGGUGCUGCUCAGCGCUGAGGCAGGGCCCGGGCACAGCCCUGGCACAGCCUCCACUCCAGGCAUGCAGAGCUCUUGGUACUUGCCAGGCAGCAGCUGCCACUGCACUGAGCUGCUCAAAACUGCAACCAGGUCGUCCUCGGUGCCUGCUCACUCGCUGGAGUGUUGAUGUCUGCUCCUCAGCAGGGCUGUGCCCGCCGUGGGUGGCUGCUGGCUCCUCCUCGGCCGUGCAGCACUGCAGUGCCAGGGGCAGCCUGCACCUCCUCACCAGUAGCUGUUAGCAGUGUCCCUAAGUCUGUCCCCUCCUCUAGGAAGACGUUGUCAGAUGUGUCUGUUGUCAGCCUGCUUCGAGGCAGGCCCUUGGGAACGAGGCCAGUACACAGCAAGGGACUGAAAGCGACAACAAAAAGAGCAAAAAGCGAACAAAGAAAAGGAAAAAGGCAAAAAAGCGAAAGCUGAGUCCGGGCCUCGGCUGCGGGACCUGACUCUGGGCGAGGCGAAGUGUGCGGGCCCUGCGCUCGCCCCUGCCUCUGCCCCCUCGGCGGCACUGUCUGCGGGGGGUGCAGCCCCCCGGGGCCUCCCUGUGGCGAUAGAGGAAAGGGUUGGAGCUGGGAAGAGGCUGGCAGGAGGCAGCAGCCCCUGCGCAGGCUCCCUGCUGGCUCUUCGUGGAAGAUUCUAACUUCUCUCUGGUUCUGCUGAUUCUCUGCCCGGGUCCUCCUCGCUGCCCGCCGCCCCCUCCGCCCCGCGGGGCCGCUCGGGCGGGAGAGGACUCCCAGCAGCUACCGCUGAGCAGCUUCUGUUCCUGACGGCUUUGAUGCAGUUCUGGCUUUUGUAGAUAGGUGAAUGUAAUUCCUCCUCGGACCUGCCUGUCCCCCGGCGGAGCUGGCAGCCACCGCCCUGCUGUUCCACCUCUCCCUGCGAGCGGGGCCGGGGCGCCCGGCCCGCGGCGCUCUGCCGCUGAAUGUAUCCUGCUGCUCUCGUCCCGUGCUCUGCUUGCGGCCAGCUUCGUGAUCUGUAAAUAGGAAUCAAUAAAGGCACCACCCAGGUUGUCUUUA